ACUUGACGUCAGUGUUGGGGAGGAGCUCGAAGGUAGGUCAGCCGAGAGUGUGUUGAAAACCAUUUUCAACAAACUCCUCACAGCCAUUCUGCAUGCAAGAAAACAUUGGGGGGAAAAACUCCACAGAAGAACCAAAAAUAGUCUCGACCGUCAGAGAUUAAUGUGACACACAGAAGUAAAAAGAACAAAUCAAAAGCUCCGGCGCCACCCACGUCUUCCAAACAUGCUGAAGCCUUACCAGUAGCUAAGGAUCCCGAGUCUGAAAAGAUCGCCAUGGAGCACAAAGAGAAUGUAUUGGAUACGGACGUGAACCUGACUGUGGUACUGCCGGGAGGAGGAGAGCAGAUUACCAGCAUCAAUGGAAGCAAACCCGUGAUGGAUUUGUUAGUUUAUCUGUGUGGCAAAUAUCACCUGAAUCCGUCCAGCCACACCAUGGACCUGCUGGGAAGAGAAAAGCGACUGAUCCGGUUCAAACCCAACACACUGGUUGGGACACUGGAGGUGGAGACGGUUAUUCUGAAACAGAAACAACUGGAAGAGAAGAAAAGGCCUAUUGCAGUCGUGCCUGAGCAAACUGUACGUGUGGUGGUAAACUACAAGAAAACACAGAAAACCAUAGUACGAGUUAGUCCCAAUGUUCCCCUUCAAGAACUGGUUCCAGUGAUUGGCAGCAAAUGUGAAUUUGAUACAAAGACCACACUUCUGGUCAAAAGCUUUGAGUGUCAAGAUCCUUUGGACUUAACAAAAUCUCUGAACGAACUUGGUUUACGAGAAGUUUAUGCAAUGGAUACCGGCAUAGGAUCCUCCCAGGCGUAUUCUCAAGGUGUGUCUGUUCAGCAAGGACAACACCAGCUCACUGACAGUAUGAAUUCGCUUCAGAGGGAGAAGGAAAACAAAGGUUUUCUCAACUUUUUCAGACUUAGUAAAAAGAAGCGUGAAAAAGCACCAAGUGCUCCCGCCACCCCACCAAUAAACCAACAGAGACAGCUUGGCACUGCAGCUCCCAGCGCUCACUGCCCAACAUACGAGUCCAAUACUUUACCAUCGACCAUACCCAAGAAACGCCGGGCUCCUCCCCCACCUCUCUCCACGUCACAGAGUGUCCCAAAGGAUCUGAGUCAGCAAACGUUAACCAGGCCAUUAUCCUACGUUCUGCAGACCUGCGAGGAACAGGACACGACUAGUUUAACCAGACAAAGGGCAAAGUCCUUGCGGGAUGAAACCCUAUCGAGCUCCUCAUCUCUCAAAAGGACCAAGCGCAAGGCCCCUCUUCCUCCCUGUAAAGUGACCGACCAGAAAAGCCCAGAUCCAGAAGAAUCAGUCCAAGGAGCUGUUGUUUCCUGCCCAAGUCCCAAUGUUUCAGAAAGUCCUUCCAGCCAAGUGUCCUCUCCGUCAGUUGGCAUUGGAUCUGAACAUAGCCUUGACGAGAUUGCCGAGAAAGAAGAAACCAGAGCAAUAGAUAUUGAUGAUGUUCAGCUUCAACAAGACACUGUGAGCCCCAAUGUCUCUGUGGAUAUUUCAACCAUUGCACAGACCAAUAUACACACUGAGAGGACUGACGUGCCCAGUCCCCUUAAUGCAACAGAUGAACAAACUGAUGUGAAAUCAGAGGGCAACGUAAGGAGCUUCAGCCCAGCUGAAGAUGUCCCAAUUUUCAGAGCACGGGAUGAGAACUUAAUGAUUGCAAAGGAAGUCAAAGAUCAGGCAAAACCAGAUAUUGUUCAAAACACACCAAUUUCAGGGGAUGCUAGUCAUCAGACAAUUCAGGAGAAGUCUAAGGAAAUGUCUCCUAGCGACACCUUGGGAACUUCAGUGGAUAAAGGAAAAGCUGUUGGAGCAGUAGAAAGGUCUACAGAUACAAACACACACCUGGUGCCAGAGCAUUCUGUUAAUCUCCAGCCAUCUCCUGUAAAAGAUAAAGGUCAUCCAAAACCACCGAGAAAACUGAAUGAUGUGAGUCGGAUACAGACUGAAGAUGUUAAUAACACAUUGAGUAUUCAACAUACUGAGACGCUGAAUGAAAGCAUUAUUGCAUCACCCGACAGGAGUUUGCAUAAUAAAGAGACUUUGACACAGGGCACUGAGAAAUCCACUUUAAAUACUUUAAGUACAAGCGGGCACGACGUAGAAGUCAACAAAUCAACUCUGGCAAUAAUAUCUUCUGAAGAUCAGAAUGGUAAACUUGCUGACACAAAGCCAACCCAACAUAUCAGUCAGGGAUUAACUGGCAAAGAACAGGUACCGACUGAUGUCAACACCACAGCGACAGAAUCAUUAACUGGAUCCCGCAUUGAUUGCAAUGUACCAUCGUUGCCCAGUGAUACCGUCAGAAGUCCAUCGAGUUCCUCGAAGGCUCCGUUGGUGUACAAGUGUGAAUCUGAGCCCAAGCCCAAGCCUUCUAAUGAAAUCACAAGGGAAUAUACACCAAAGAUCGGAAUGACCACUUAUAAAAUUGUGCCUUCAAAAUCAUUAGGAAAGGGAACAGAAACAUUGGAGCAAACCUCAAGCUCUUCUCAAUACAUUGCACAGGAGCCAGCGAAACAGCUACAUUCACCAGCUGGUUUACACCAACCACAAGACCAAUCAAACACCCAAAACGAACCAGUUGUUAGUCAGCAAACAGCUAACAUAGAAGCCACAGUAACACAGCUUCCCAUCUCUCCCACAACUCAAUGCCAUCCCCCAAACCCCAGCAAUCCUGAGUCUGUUGUUGACCAUCCAUCUGUACCGUCUACGGUGAUGGUGAACAAGAGCGACAGAGUUACUCCGGGUAACAAAAUGAAUCCUGGGUCUAUGUUCCUUCAUCUACAGAAGAGGAAGUCUGGACAGUAUGUGACGUCUGCAAUUGCUAGAACCUCUUCUCUGUCUUGCCAGUCGAGCUUCGAGGAGGAAACCCAGGAUUUAAUAAAGGAAGACAAUGGAAUGCCACUGAGAGAAGUGAGUUCACCAGAUGGUGACAAUGUGGACAUUAUUAUUCCUCCUCCACCAGAAUUCGCUUCUCAAGACACCGCCCAGAAAGACUGCCACAAACCUGCUGAUGUUUCUCACACGGGGAAAGUAAGACCAUCAGAGAAGCAAAGCCGGGAAUCCAUGUGUUUAAAAUCAAAGAGCUCGCAGGCUCUCAGAACUACUAUGGUUGCAAAAAAGUACAAUUCUACCUCACCAUCACCUUUUGCUCUUGCUGUCUCAUCGGCUGUCAGGAAGACACAAACACCUCUCGUUAAAGCCCAGUGUGCCAAAACUGUUCCCUUACCCCCAUCCUCUGUAACUGCCACACCCAAAGGAAUCAAUGUCCCUCCUUCAACCCCUAAAGAAGACACUUAUCACAGCAACACAGUAAAACAGGUUGUGUCGUCUGAAAUCAAACCAAAGAAUGAUUGGUACAAUAAAGGAUCACAGCCUCGAACCUGGCCCGUUAAACCCCGGGUUCCUCCCCCUACGGCAAAGAAACCCAUCUUAAUCACGCAAAUCAGUGACCCUGGAGCGAUUCACCAAGCUGUGCUCGAUGCUAUUCGUUCGGGGGAAGGAGCUGCCAAACUUAAAAAGAACCAGGAUGCGUCCGAAAAUGUAUCUAUAAAUGGAAAAUCCAUUCCAAAUCGCUCCCUCUCUUCAUCAGAGUAGAAGCACUUAUGGGACUCACUUGGCUUGCACUUUACAAGCAAACUUAAAGCCAAAUCAAUAGGUAGUUAGUUGUGUAAUGAACCAGAAAGGUGUAUCAAUUUUUUGGUAGAGAAAAUUUAUUUUGUUUCUACGCUGUUGCAAUGUUAUCUGUCCUAUCAAGUGUUAUAAGCAGGAAUACCUGCAACAGAUUAAAAUGUAUUCAUGUGGUCUGCCUUGAAAACUUCAGAGAUUAUUUUGAUUAUGAAAUACAUGUUUUGAUGAUUUGCUUUAUACAGACAUCUGUAACGUUUAGCUAAAUGCUUUUUUUUGUUUCGAUUCUUAUUGUGAAAGGGGAACCAAAUCAUUGUAAACCAUAUAUGUAAUGAUUACUGUAUGAAACCAGGCAUUCAAUGUGUAUGAAUAGCAAAUCGAAAGCUAUUUUUUUGAGCGGAGGGGGGAAGAGAUGAUGUAUAAAAAUGGUUUGUGUCGGCUGGUUCUGUAAUACUGAACAAUACUUAUGGAAGAAAAUGUUGAAUAUUUAUGUUAAAGUAAAAACACUGUCAAAUACACCUGUAUAUCACUUCCUGCCUAAAAUUUGUACCUGGAUUGACAUGUACAUUUACUGAUCUAGCAAUGCAUUUAAGAAUGAACUGUAUAAAACAUUGCAAUAUUAAAUGUUUUAAUUAUUAAA